AUGGAGGCAGUAUUGAGACGAUUGGGAAGCUUAGAUAAUGAUGUUGUUAUGGUUGAUGUAGCUGAAAUUUUGUACCACCAACAACUUCAAAAUUUUUACAAAUCUACAAGGGAAGCUAAGCACUUUCAGCCGAAUAUUGUUCGUGGAGUUGAAAAAUUCAUUUCUACAAGCGGCAAGCAAAUGAAGAAAGUGAGGAAGCUGGCUGAAGAUUGCUGUAAAUAUGGAUCUGAGAAUCAGAGCACUCAUGGUCCUCUUGCAAGAGCUUCUAUUAACUUUGGUACCUCAUAUAAUUCAAUUGAAAAGGAGAGGGAAGAUCUUCUUAAGACCCUCACUGAUCAAGUUUGUGAGCCAUUACGGACACAAAUAAAUGGAGCUCCUUUGGAAGAUGCACGUCACAUUGCUUACUAUUAUGAUAAACUUCGUCAGGAUGUGGAGGCCAAGGUAACUGAAAUUUUGAGGCGUCGAUCAAAAUCUAGGGAUCUUUCUAUGUCUGGAGAGAGUGCUGUGAAGCUUCAAAGUGCUGAAGCAAGAUUGGCUGAUCUUAAAUCUUCUACUGUGGCACUUGGCAGAGAAGCGACUACUGCUAUGUUGUCACUUGAGGAUCAGCAGCAGCAGAUGACUUUUCAUAAGUUUCUUACUAUGAUUAAACUCUGUAGGAAUCUUCUCCAAUCUGACUACUUUCUGAGCUGUCAAAUCUCGAAUGAAAUGAUAUCUGACUUGAAUGUGCUUAGAUCUCUCAUGAAAAACUGGAUUUUUACAUAA